AUGUCUCGCCCUCAUGUACUUCUAGUGAGUUUUCCUGCACAAGGGCACAUCAAUCCAUUACUUACAUUUGCCAAAACCCUCGUCAGGAAUGGCAUUGAAGUCACCUUUUCAACAAGUUUAUAUGCCCAGCGGCGGAUGGCCAAAGCUACCGAUGACAUCACCAACGGUAUUACUUUUGAGGCCUUCUCUGAUGGAUAUGAUGAUGGGUGCAAAUCCAGCGAUGAUCACAAUCAAUACAUGGCAGAGAUAAGAAAUCGCAGUUCCAACACCAUAAGGGAAACGAUUCUUGCUAGUGCCGAGCAAGGCCGCCCAGUUACGUGCCUUGUUUACAGUCUUCUGCUUCCAUGGGCUGCAGCAGUGGCACGUGAAAUGAACAUUCCGAGUGCUCUUAUAUGGAUUCAACCAACCAUUGUGUUGGAUAUAUAUUACUAUUAUUUCAAUGGAUAUGGUGAAGAUAUCAAUAAUUCCUCCGACGAUCCCUCCUGGGCUAUCCAGCUGCCUAGACUUCCAUUGCUAGCUAAACGUGAUCUUCCCUCAUUCUUGCAUCCUCCAAGUAGCGAUCACAAAGUCUUUGCACGUUCAACAUGUAAAGAGCAUCUUGAAACAUUAGAUGCAGAAGCAAAGCCAAAAGUUCUUGUGAAUACGUUUGAUGCACUAGAGCCUGAUGCACUUAAGGCGGUUGAAGAUUAUGAGUUAAUUGGGAUUGGACCCUUAAUUCCUUCUGCUUUCUUGGAUGGUAAAGAUCCAUCGGAUAAGGUCAUUGGUGGCGAUCUUUUUCAUAAAUCGGAGGAUUAUGUGCAUUGGUUGAACUCCAAGCCUGAAUCUUCUGUGGUUUAUGUGUCAUUUGGGAGUCUUCUGAGGCUGCCAAAAGAUCAAAUGGAGGAGAUAGCUAAAGGAUUACUCGAGUGUAGUCGACCUUUUUUGUGGGUGAUACGAGUAAUGGAAAACCAAGAAGAAGAAAAAGACGAUGAUAAACUAAGUUGUUUGGAAGAAUUGGAAAAACUGGGAAAAAUAGUACCAUGGUGUUCCCAACUUGAGGUGUUAACACACCCUUCAUUGGGUUGUUUCGUGAGUCACUGUGGAUGGAAUUCGACAUUGGAGUGUAUAGCAUGUGGUGUUCCCGUGGUGGCAUUUCCACAGUGGGCUGAUCAAGGGACUAAUGCAAAGUUGAUACAAGAUGUGUGGAGGACAGGCCUAAGGGUGAACCCAAGAGAAGAUGGCAUCGUUGAGAGCGACGAGAUCAAGAAAUGCAUUGAAACAAUAAUGGAUGAUGGAGAGAAAAGUCGAGAAUUGAGAGAGAAUGCUAGGAAAUGGAAGAAUUAUGCUAGAGAAGCUAUGCAGGAGGACGGUUCUUCCACCAAGAACUUGAUGGCCUUUGUUAAGGAGCUUGGGGAUUAUUGA